CCAUCUCACUUUUUCUCUUUCCCUCCCAAAGAAAAUUUUUAGAAAAUCUCAUCCUACUCACAAUAAUUUUUCACAUCCUUUGUUGAAGCAGAAUAGUAAUAGUCAUCUCAAUCAUAUCAUAUAUAUUUGCUAGUGUUAUUCUACUUUUGUUAUUGUUAUUCGUGUGAGUGAGUGUGUAGGAAAAUGGCUUAUGUAUUAACUGAAACUUCUGCUGGGUAUGCCUUAUUAAAGGCAUCAGACAAGAAGAUUUAUAAGUCAAGUUCAUUAAUUGAAGAUUUAAAUACUGCUGAAAAAGUUGCUCAACAAUUUAAAAUUCAUAGAUUUGAAAAGUUUCAAUCCGCUGCCAAUGCCUUAGAAGAAGCUAAUGCUAUUAUUGAAGGUAAAGUAUCUGAUAAUUUAAAGAAAUUUUUAGAUGAAAUUAAAUCUGAUAAGAAGGCUACUUUAAUUGUUUCUGAAACUAAAUUAGGUAAUGCUAUAAAUAAAUUAGGAUUAAAUUUUUCAGUAGUUUCUGAUGCUGCUUCAUUAGAUUUACAUAGAGCUAUUAGAGAAUUUUUACCAGAAUUAUUACCAGGUUUAGAUGAUUCAAUUUUAAAACAAAUGUCUCUUGGUUUAGCUCAUUCUAUUGGUCGUCAUAAAUUAAAAUUUUCUGCUGAUAAAGUUGAUACAAUGAUUGUUCAAGCCAUUGCUUUAUUAGAUGAUUUAGAUAAAGAAUUAAAUACUUAUGCUAUGAGAUGUAAAGAAUGGUAUGGUUGGCAUUUCCCAGAGUUGGCAAAAAUGAUUACUGACUCUGUUGCUUAUGCUAAUAUUAUUUUAACUAUGGGAGUUAGAUCAAAUGCUUCUGAAACUGACUUAUCUGAAAUUCUUCCUGAAGAAAUUGAAGAACAAGUUAAAUCUGCUGCUGAAGUUUCAAUGGGUACUGAAAUUACUACUGAUGAUUUAGAUAAUAUUAAAGCUUUAGCUGAACAAAUUGUUGAUUUUGCUGCUUAUAGAGAACAAUUAUCAAAUUAUUUAACUUCAAGAAUGAAAUCAAUUGCUCCAAAUUUAACUGCUUUAGUUGGUGAAUUAGUUGGUGCAAGAUUAAUUGCUCAUGCUGGUUCUUUAACUUCUUUAGCUAAAGCUCCAGCUUCUACUAUUCAAAUUUUAGGAGCUGAAAAGGCUUUAUUUAGAGCUUUAAAGACUAAACAUGAUACACCAAAAUAUGGUUUAUUAUAUCAUGCAUCAUUAGUUGGACAAGCUACUGGUAAAAAUAAGGGGAAAAUUGCUAGAGUUUUAGCUGCUAAAGCCGCAGUUGCUUUAAGAUAUGAUUCUUUAGCUGAAGAAAGAGAUGAUUCAGGAGAUUUUGGUUUACAAGUAAGAUCUAAAGUUGAAUCAAGAUUAAGUGCUCUUGAAGGUAGAGAUUUAAGAACAACUUCUAAAGUGGUUAGAGAACAAAAGAAGAUAGAAAUAACAGAAGCUCGUGCUUAUAAUGCUGAUGCUGAUGCUGCUCCUAUUGCUUCAGUAGAUUCUGAUGAUGAAUCUGAUACUGAAGAAAUUGAAUCUAAGAAAGAAAAGAAAGAUAAGAAGAAGGAAAAGAAAGAUAAGAAAGAAAAGAAGGAUAAAAAGAGAAAGAGAGAAGAAGAUGAUGAAGAAGAAGAAGAACCAAAGAAAUCUAAGAAAGAAAAGAAGGAAAAGAAAGAAAAGAAAGAUAAGAAAGAAAAAAAGGAAAAGAAGGAAAAGAAAGAGAAGAAAGAAAAGAAGUAGAUGUACUUUAUUGAAAAAGUAUUCUUGCAUCAUAUCCAUUUCAUAUUGUUCUAUAGUUACGUCUUUAUUUAGUUUUUUGU